AUGAAAUUGUUGAAUUAUGUGAUUAAACGUCAACAAGUAACAAAUUUAGAAAUAAAUUCAAUAAUGAGUUCAAUUGACGAUCUAUUUCUUAUAUCCACUUCACCAUCGUCAACACAACAUACACUAAUAGAAAGAGAGUCAACAUUUCAUAAUAAAGAAAUUAUUUCACCUUCUCCAUUUUGUUCAAAUGGUAUUGAUACUUUGACUUCAUCACUAGUUCUAUCGACAAAAGAUGAAAUUGAACGAUUACAAACAGAAUUAGAUCAAUUAUACGAUAAAUUAGAUGAUAUAAGUCGAGAAAAUCAAUCAUUAAAAAAUCGUAUACAAGAUUAUGAAAUUUUAGAAGAAGAAAAUGAAUUUUUAUAUGCUGAAAGACAAAAAUUAAAAGAUGAAAUUGAACGUGGUAGAGUAAGAGAAUUAUUAAUUGAACAAGAAUUAAAAACUUUACAAGAUAAAUUAAAAACAGUUGAAAAUGAUCAUGAUCUUAAAGAUGAACGAUCAACAAAAACUGAUACUAGUCAAACAACAGCAAAUAUUUCAAAUUUUAAAUUAAAAAUAGACUGGUUACAUCGAACAAAUAAUCAAUUAGAAUUAGAAGUUGUACGUAUAAGAGAUGAACUACAAUUGGCAAAUAAUAAAUAUGAACAAUGUAAACGUGAUUUAUAUCAAAAAGAUGAACAUUAUAAAAAUUUAUUAGCUGCUAUUGAUGAUAAUCAACGAUUACCACAGGAACUAUCUCGAUUAGAAAAAUUGAAUGUUGAACAACAAAAUCAAUUAGAUAAUCAGAAAAAAGAGUAUGAUAUUAAAAUUCAUGAUUUAGAAGAACAUAAUGAAAAACGUGAACAAAAAUACAGUUCACUGUACGAAUCACUUCUCAAAUUACAAUCAGAUUAUCGACAAAAAGAAAUUAAUUAUGUAAGUACAAUGGAUGAUGUUAUACGACAACGAGAAGAACUUCGUUUACAAGUAAAUGAAUUAAAUCAACAAUAUGAACAAUUACAACAUGAGCAUAAAAUAUUAAAAACAGAGAUGGAAUCUCAGGAAGAAAUUAAUAAAGAUUUAAAAUUGGCAUUGACUUCAUCAACAAACGAUGCUCAAUCUGUUUAUACACAAUUUAGACAAUUAAAUACAAGUUUAUCCGAAUUACAAACUAAAUAUGAUAGAGAUAUAAAAGAUCGAGAUGAUCAAAUUGACCGAUGGAGAAUAGAAAAUAAAAACUUUAAGGCGACCUAUGAUGCCGAGCUAGUGCAAGCACGUUCAAUAAUUGUUCAAUUAGAACAAGAUAAAGUACAAUACAAUGUUCAAAUAGGUAAUUUACGAUCGACAACUGACAAAUUACACUCAGAACUUGCUGAAAAACAAAGUUAUAUUGAACAUAUUCAAAGUGAUCUCAGUGAACGUUCAGUACUACAUACAAAUAUAAAUACUCAAUUAUCUCAGGAAAAUAAGAAUCGUGCAAUAAAAAUCAUAGAAUUAGAACAAUCACUCUCACAUGAACAACAAAGAGUAGAAGUACAACGAUCGCUACAAGAAUUACAAGCAGAUUUAUUGAAAACAAAAGCAUCAGCUAAAGAAGCAAAUGAAAAAAGUGCUGAAUUAGAAAAACGCCUUUAUGAACUGGACAAACAUCUAGAAGAAAAUUUAAGAACUCAAUUGAGUGAGUGUACGGAACCAUCACGUCGAGAAAUAAGUUCCAUUCGAGGAGAAUUAAUAACAAAAUCCGAACAAUUGACAAUUGUCCAACAUUCAUUAGAUGAAGAAAAAUUAAAACGACAACGGUUAGAAAUGAAAUUAAAACGUUUGAAAGAUGAAUAUAUUGUAUUACGAAAAGAGAUACAUCAACGAACGGAAGAAAAUGAUUUAUUACAACAUGAAUUAGUUGAAUGUCGAUUUAAAAAUGAUUAUAAUGUUCACAUAACAAAUCAAACAUUAAAUUCACUUCGAACGAAUGAAAACGAUCAACAACCAACUACAACUGCUGUUCAAUUGUAUUUGAAAGAAAAAGCUGAUAAUCAACAUUGGCAAUUAAAAUGUCGUACAUAUCAACAAAAAUUAGAACAUUUACAAAAAAAUUAUGAAUUAGCUAAACAAAAAUAUAAACAACGUUUACAAGAAGAACGUGAUUCAUUUGAUCGUGCAAAAACAAAAUAUGUUGAACAUAUGCGUCAUGCUCAACGUGAUUUACAAGAUACACGUAGUUUACUCGGAAAAGAGACUGAAUUUAAAUUAAAUCAAGAACAAUCUUUUCAACAAUUAAUCGAUGAACGAAGACAAUUGUUAACAAGGUAUCCGUUGAAUAAUCAUCGUGAUGAUAAUUAUCAGCAGACAAAUAAGAAUAUGUUGGCGGCAGCAACAGAAUAUAGUCGUGUUGUUCACAACCGCACAUCAUCAUCCACACCAUCCACGUCAUUAGCUGCUGCUAAUCAUUUUAAAAAUGAUACUAUUAGUGCUAUUGCUGCUAUAUCUCCUUCUCGUAUGGUUGAUAAAGAUGCAAAAGUACGUGAAAUGCGUCGAGAAAAUCUCUUAUUAACAUCAAAAAUACAAGUACUCGAAGAUCAAAUGGAAAAUUUAAAUGAUCGUGUUGAUCGUACACUAAGAGAACGAAAUAAAUUACGUCGUGAAAUAGCGAAUGUUCGAUUUGAUAGUAAUCUAUCCGCGGAGACAAGUUCUCGAUCAUCUCCCGUAACAAUCACUAAUGGUCUAUCGCGUCCAACAACUACGCAUACUGAAACAUCAACACCUGGUUGGCAUAAUUCUGUUCAUUAUGCAGAAUCAUUUGGUUUCAACGGUUUUCAUGAAAAUAAUCUUUCAAGUAUGACAACAACAAAUGUGUCUACAUAA